CUCAACAAAAACCCUCCUCAUAGUCACAUUAUUGCUCCUCAAUUCCACCAUUAUUUCCAUGUGGGUCUUCCUCUUAACUCAUCUCCCAUAUAACACCUCACAUUCUUCAACAACAAUCCUUCCCUCUCCCUCUAGUUUUCUCCAAGCUUUGCAGAGAUGAUGAACAAGAAGAUGUUCCACCAUAGGAGAGCUUCCAAGGAUCAGCUCGAGGCGUUCGAAGCUGCUGCUUCUGCUGCAAAGUUCACUCAGAAAGUGAAGAAGAAAGACCACAAAGGAUGGAUCAAAGGAAGAAUCAGCUUAGACAUGCAGGUGAAGAACAUCCUUAAUCUUCCCCAACAUAAUAAUUCUCACAGUGUUGAUCAAAAGCAAGUUGUGAAAGAUAUUGAUCACAACAAGAACUUGAAGCAGCAGCCGAGCUCCCCCGGCGGGAGACUCGCCAACUUUUUGAACUCUCUCUUCAGCCAUUCUUCUGGUUCUUCUAAGAAGAAAAACAAGCCCAAAUCUUCCCUUCAAUCCAUGGAGGAUAUGGAACAAUUGCACCAAAGCCCAAGAGGAAGAAACUCCAAGAGAAGGAUCAGCAUCAGCCAUUCAGAUCAUACAAAGUUCAUCUAUUCUUCCUCUCCUCCUUCAGGGUUCGGAACGCCGCCGCGUGAUCAGGUCCAAACCCCGACAAAGAGGUACAAAGAACUAUUGUCGUUUUCGAAGUUGAACCGACAUAUAAGAUCAGCGGUGGCAUUGCAGAAACCCGGCGUGGACGAGGAGAAGAGAAGGAAAGACGAGGCGGGUUGUGUGGAGAAACAGAAGAAGAAGAAGAAGAAGAAUUGUGGAGAGAAAGAUAGGGGUUGGGUGGAGAAAAUGGUAGCAGAAGAAAUUGAGCUGAGAAAAAUUGAUGACAUUAUAGAUAAUAUUAUUGAUGAUGACGAUGAUGGCGGAGAGACUGAUUCAAGUUCUGAUCUGUUUGAGCUUCAGAUUUAUGAUUUGGAUUAUUACUCCACUGGAUUGCCUGUGUACGAAUCUACUGAUAUUGAUACCAUUAAGAGACGAAACUCCAUCUCUAAUGGCGUUUGUUGAGUUGGAAGAAAAAAGGAGAAGAGAAGAAGAGAAGCUCUUUUUUUUUUUGUUUUUUUGUUUUUGGGUUUUGUUUAUGUGCAGUAAUUUGGGAUUUUUUUUUUCUAUUUAUCUUUGUAAUGGGGGUUUUUUAGAGCAAGAUUAAUGAGCAAGUGGUGGAACAGAAAUGAAAUCACUUGGUUUGUAGAGGGGAGUGACUAAUAUAAGAUUGGUUUUUGAUUUUGUAAUUAAAAUUUUCAGGUACUGUAUAUCUUAAUGACAAUGGAUUAAUUUGAUUA